CGUGAUUUCUUGGUGGCAGGAGAAUCGCACGAAGGAUUCCUAGGGUCUGCUCGUGCUCGUAUUUGAGAAGAACAGUCGGACAGUGUUCGUCGUGACACUGGCUGAUUAACGUUCAUUCACGGAUAAGAAGACAAGGAAACAAAAGGAGUUCCCAAUUUACGGUCGAGAGGAUUAUAGGAUUAAAUAUAAUCUUAUCAGCAGCUUACCGAUUACGAUCUUAUUUUAAAAAAUUAACGAUGUGAAUGCAUUAUGUCUUUUGGUUUUACGAAACAAACAAAUGGAUUUGUUCAUAACGAAAUAGUGAAUUAAAGAAAGCAUCUUCUUCAGCGUUUAAUUUGAUUUCUAUAUAAAGUGAAAUACAUCAAGAAAGCAAUCCUUCUGAAUGUUUAAUCAGUACCUGAUAUAAAAAUGAGUGGCAAAAAAGAAUUCAUUACAUGCCGAGAUGUACUAUGGUACUUCGUUUUUUGUGGAUUUGCUAUUAAUUAUAUGCUAAGGAUCAAUCUGAAUCUCACUAUAGUGACUAUGGUAGUCCCACGUCCGAAAAUAGCCUCGUCCAUUCAAUGCGAGGAGGAAAAUGUUGUCAGUUUGUGGAAAAAUACAACAUUUAAUGAAAGUAUUGACACUUCUAUCGAGGUCGAUGAACAAAGACUGGUUUUCGAAAAUACAACAUACAAAGAUUUAUUUGCUUGGAGCGAGUACGAUCAAGGACUUGCACUAGGAGCUUAUUAUUGGCUUCACUGGCUCUCUCAGCUUCCUGGUGGUAUUUUGGCAAGACGUUACGGUACAAAAUUCGUGUUUGGAUGUGCCAAUUUAUUAACAGCCCUUUUAGGCUUUCUCAUACCUAUUGCGACUCAAUAUCAUCUGAACGCUCUCGUGUUUCUACGAGUUUUUCAGGGCCUUGUUGCGGGUGUCGUUUGGCCUAGCAUGCACGAUAUGACAGCAAAAUGGAUACCGCCAACUGAAAGAAGUAGAUUCGUCAGUGCCUAUUUAGGCAGUUCUGUGGGAGCUGCUAUCACUUAUCCACUUUGCGCAACCGUUAGCAAUGCCUUUGGAUGGGAAGCUGCCUUUUAUGUCACGUCUGUUCUCGGAGUAAUUUGGUACUGCUUCUGGUUCUUUUUCGUGUAUGAUUCACCGCAAAUACAUCCACGUAUCUCCGACGAAGAAAAAAAUUACAUACUCGACAAUAUUUCGGGAUCCGUCGACGACGAAGAAACGGAAGUACCUUGGAAGUCAAUAUUUACGUCAGGACCCGUAUGGAUUACCGUUUUGGCUCAAUGGGGUGGAGCUUGGGGUUUCCUCACCUUAAUGACACAAGCUCCUACAUACUUUAAUUUCAUUCAUGGAUGGAAUAUUCACGCAACGGGUAUUUUGUCCGGUUCACCUCACAUUCUGAGAAUGAUAUUUUCCUAUUUCUACUCCAUUAUGAGCGAUUGGCUUCUACGAACUGAAAGAAUGAGUCUAACGAACGUAAGAAAAUUAGCGACCUUUGUGUGCAAUGGUUUACAAGGUAUAUUCAUAAUCGCGUUAGGCUAUAGCGGUUGUCAUCCUUAUUUCGCUGUGAUUUUUAUGAUGGCUGGUACAGCAGUGAAUGGAGCAGUUUCAGCUUCCACUUUAGCGAGUUUCGUUGAUUUAAGCCCGAAUUACGCGAGUAUUCUGCUUGGAUUUUGCGGAAUGGUUGUGAUUUGCGCAGGAUUUAUUUCACCCGUCAUCGUUGGUAUACUUACGAACAAUAACCAAAGUGUUGGUCAAUGGCGUAUCGUAUUCCUUAUUGCUGGUGCCAACGCGAUAGCUGGCUGUCUGAUUUACAUGUUUGGUGGAACAUCCAAGGAACAACCUUGGAACCAAUAUAAGAAGCCAAUAGAGCAGAAUGAAAAUGAAAUGCAGGAUUUACAAACAAAAAAGAAAGAGAUAAUUAACUGUGAAGAAGGAGCGGAAAGGAUAAGUAAACCGGAAGAAGAAAAAUUAUGUGUUGAUAAGUGA